AUGAAUAUAGAUCAAUUAACCAAUCCUGAACCACUUCCAACAUCUAACUUAAAACUAGAUGAUACCACAUCAAUUGAAUACAAUAAAGUAAAAUUAAAGGAGUUGGAACUUACUGCUGUGCAGGCAUUAGUGCUGUUAGAUGGUUUUAAAAUCUCGAAAGCCAAGCUUAGAACUUUAGCUGAAUUUCCACUGAAACAGAAUGUUUGUAAUGGUAUUCUACCUUAUCCGAAUAAGAAUACAAAUACAAAUUAUGCUAGGAUAAGAAUAAAUGAAACAACUUCGUUAAAUGUUUCAACGGCUAGUACCAAAGUUCAAAAGUCUCCUAGAGUUUCAAAGAAAAAAGGAAUCCCUUCCAAAUCUAAUAAAAAUAGAAAUUAUAAUGGAGGUUGUGUACAUUGUGGUGUUACUGAGACUGUAGAAUGGAGGAAGGGUCCACAAGGAAAUCACACACUUUGUAACUCAUGCGGUUUAUUUUAUAGGAGACUACUCGGUUUCACUUCAUAUGAUGAAACUAUCAUGAUAUUCAAAGAACGAUACAAAAAUAAUCCAACUGAUCGUAGAAUACCAGUUCAUAUUCGUAGGAAAAGCAAGAAUGUAAGGUUUCAAAAUUAA